AUGGCGACAGUUGUUCUUGGUGCUCAAUGGGGUGAUGAAGGAAAGGGGAAACUUGUCGAUGUCCUCUGUAGUGAGAAAUUGAGAUUGUGCUGUCGUGCACAGGGCGGAAACAACGCAGGACACACAAUUGUGGCCAAUGGAGUGACAUACGACUUUCACAUUUUACCUAGUGGUCUCCUUAAUCCCGACUGCCAGAAUCUGGUAGGAAGUGGAUGCGUAGUCCAUAUUCCUGGCCUCCUCAAAGAACUCGCCGCCAUUGAUGGCAAGAUUCCAGUUCCAGCAGGCAAAAAGCCUCCUAGAGAGAGAUUAUUGAUCAGUGACCGAUGCCAUGUCGUUCUCGAUCUCCAUCAGAAAUUAGAUGGACUCGAAGAAGCCGAACUCGGAGGUGGUAAAAUAGGUACUACCGGAAAAGGUAUCGGUCCGUGUUAUUCAACAAAAAUGGCCAGAAGCGGUGUCAGAGUUGCUGAUAUCUUCCGGGAGAGUUAUUUCGAGGAGAAAGUUCGAAGCAUGGCGGCUGGCGCCAAGAAAAGAUUUGGGGAUUUGUUGCAGUAUGAUGUCGAGGAGGAACUUGCUAGAUUCAAGACCUACAGGGCUGAAUUAGCAGACAUGGUUAUUGACCAACUCCCCCUACUUAUCGACGCGCAGAAAUCCGACGCACCUAUGCUGAUUGAAGGUGCAAAUGCUAUUAUGUUGGACAUUGAUGCCGGUACAUAUCCAUUCGUCACGAGCUCAAACACAGGUCUCGGUGGUAUUUUCACCGGUCUCAGUGGUUUGAACCCAAGAAAGGUCAAGAACAUCUACGGAGUGGUCAAAGCCUAUACUACACGUGUGGGCGGUGGCCCAUUCCCAACAGAAGAUCUAGGAGAGGUCGGUACAACAUUGCAAGAAGUUGGCAGAGAGUUUGGUGUGACGACUGGUCGUCGUAGAAGAUGUGGAUGGUUGGAUCUAGUGGUUGUCAAAUAUUCGACGGCUAUCAACAGCUACACCGCCAUCAAUCUCACAAAACUCGAUAUUCUUGAUUCUUUCAAAGAAAUCAAGGUUGCCGUCUCAUAUCGCGAUCCCGCAACUGGCGAAACAUUAGAGUCAUUCCCUGCUGAUCUCGAAAGACUAGAGACACUCGAACCACAGUAUGUCACAUUACCAGGUUGGAAUCAACCUACCACUGGUUGCCGUAGCUACUAUGAUCUUCCAUCUGCGUGUCGCAAAUACUGCGAGUUCAUUGAGAAAGAAGUUGGCGUUCCAAUCAAAUUCAUUGGAGUUGGUCCAUCGAGAGAUGAUAUGAUCACAAAAUAG